AUGGAGAAUUCACUUGAGAUUGACCCGGAUUACUAUGACCUUGGACGCGACGACUAUGUAGAUACUGACUUUGCCUCUGAAACAACCUCUCUAGCAUCCUCUGUCUACAGAGGAGUGUUCGAAAAUGGAAGACGGUGUCCAUCUGACGAGCAACAAUUUGAGAGUUUAGAGGCCGGUCACCUCCUCUGUAUACCCUUGGACGCCAACACUCCAAACCCACUCUUUCAUGCACCAGUAAAAGAGCUCAAGGUAUACAACCAGAAUUAA